CGGGCACGCGGUUAACGUUUGACUUUUGUUCAAUAAACAGAUAAAGCGACACACCUCCAGGAAGUGUUAAUGUGAGCGUUUAAGUUUGGGAGGGUAACAUUUUAACUGCACGUCAACAUAGUUCGCUAGUGUUGACAAAAACAAGAUGCCGUCCAGUGUUGGUGACUACGAGGUGCUGCUCACCAUUGGGUCCGGUUCUUACGGAAGGUGUCAGAAAAUAAGGCGGAAGUCUGACGGCAAAAUUCUGGUGUGGAAGGAGCUGGAUUAUGGCACAAUGGCCGAGAGCGAGAAGCAGAUGCUGGUGUCGGAGGUGAAUCUCCUCAGGGAGUUGAAGCAUCCCAACAUCGUGAGAUACUACGACCGCAUCAUCGACCGCACCAACACCACGCUGUACAUCGUCAUGGAGUACUGCGAGGGCGGCGACCUGGCCAGCCUCAUUGCCCGAUGCAUCAGGGAAAGACGUUAUUUGGACGAAAGGUUCGUCCUGCGCGUCACGGUACAGCUCAUGUUGGCGCUGAAGGAGUGCCACAGGCGGAGCGACGGCAGGCCCACCGUCCUUCACCGGGACUUGAAACCGGCCAACAUCUUCCUGGACGUCAAGCACAAUGUGAAGUUGGGCGACUUUGGCUUGGCCCGGAUCCUCAACCACGACACCAGCUUCGCCAAGACGUUUGUCGGAACGCCGUACUAUAUGUCUCCUGAGCAAAUGAACCAGAUGUCAUACAAUGAAAAGUCUGAUAUCUGGUCACUGGGCUGUUUGUUGUACGAACUGUGUGCCCUAUCGCCCCCCUUUACUGCCUACAACCAAAAAGAGUUGGCCGUCAAGAUCCGAGAGGGCAAGUUCAACAGAAUCCCGUAUCGAUACACCGAAGAAAUAAACACCCUCCUCAAGAAAAUGCUCAACCUCAAGGACUAUCUGAGGCCAUCUGUGGAAUCCAUCCUCCAGAGCAGCCUGCUGGCCGAAGCAGUCGGCGAAGAACAGAGGAAGGUAAAGCGACAGCUUCAGAGGCGGUCACCAGCCUCUGACGGUGCUCCCGAAAAGCCCGCAGAAGCAUCACCGUCUGUCGCAGAGCUCAGGCUUCGAGAGCAGGCGCUGCAAGAGCGUGAAAAGGCGCUGCAAGAACGUGAGGAGAUGCUGGAGCGACGGGAAUAUGAGAUGUGUGUCCGUGAACACCUUGCAGCCGAGAAACUAUUAAGAGCGGAGAGUUUAUUAAAGAAUUUCCAUGUGGAGCAUCAGAGGGAGCAGACUCCCCUUCAUAAUAACGACAUAGGUGUUUGGGAGCAUUGCUCCCCGGGCAAGAGGAGGGUCCACUUUGCAGGCGCCAACAAGGAGAACAGUCAGCUGUAUCAUUCUGUGACGGUGCCGCCGCGGGACUACUUUGUCAGUCGACAUGCUCAAAUCCUGACUGACGUGGAAAAAGCCUGUCAGAUCCUCGGCUUCCGCAUCUGACUGCUGUGUUGUGACUGAGUGUAAAUAUUAGCAAAGUGGUGGGACUACUGAGUAGAAAAUUAAGCUUUUGUCUGUGUGUGCUAUUUAUAAGGUGCAGUGCUGGUGAUAUUUACAAUAUAUUGUAGAAGGCUGUUAUUAUUGUAGAAGUCUCGAAAAUGGGUUGAAAAUACAAGACAUGGCCAAACUAAGGGCAUUAAUGUCAUCUAAGCAAUACAUUUAGGUUAUAAUUGCCAUGAAUUAGUCUUCGACCAAAGGGACAUAUACAACAAAUAUGUAUUUUUCCCACCAAUCUCUGGUAGGUUGUGUAGUUGAAAUGUGUAUUUAAUUGCGACAUGAGUUUUUCACCAUGUUAAACAAUUCCCAGGUUUCUUAAUAAUAUGUCUGUGGCAUUCUUUGGUCAAAACACCCCAAGGGUAAAGAAUUGACUUAUUUAUUUAUUUUUUUCCCCCACAGCAUCAUUAUUUCCAUGGUGAAAUGAUCUUAUUUUAGGGGCGGCUAUACCGUCGCCACACAAGUUGCAGGGGGAGAGAUUCAAUGAAGUUAUCAUUUGUGCAAGCAGCAUUUCAUCACCAAGCCACUGAAAUAAACUGUGUUAGCAAUUUAGCCAAAUAUUAUUAUAACAUUACCAGAAGCUAAUGCUAGUGACACUGAUAGCUAAUCAUAAUCUGUGCUAACACUGCAGCUGUACUUACCUUUUGGCUUUAUCAUGAUUUGAGUGCAAAGUGAUACAUUUUUCCCCUCUCUUUAUUUCACACUCAAUGGAUAGGCAGACAGGCCAAGACCUAACUGUAUGUAUGCAAAGAAGUCGAAUUUACGUGUCCUUUAAAUAAUUGUAUUUAUUUCAUGUUACUCAAGGUCCCCUCACAGAAUUAUAAUAUAAAAUCAAGAAGUAGAAAAUAAAGACUGAAAUAUAGCAAAGUAAGUUGAGCAAAAGAACCAAGCUAAUACAAAUAGAUUUUUCUUUAAAUUACUAUAGCAAUGACAGUAAAAUCUGCCACAAGAGGUCACUCGUUUUCCAAAAUCGUAUUUGAUUUAAGUGCCUAAAUCUGCCAUACACUUUCGACGGUUUGCCAUAAUCGUCAGCAGUUCGCCUUAACCAUCAUAUUAACAGAGACUAUUAACAAUUACUUAAAAUCUAAUUUAAAAAAAAAAAACAAUUGGACUUUCAAUAAUGAUGUAUUCUACCAGAGUGCAUUUGAGUUCCUAAACCAUCAUCUGGUACGUGACAACAUAUCGAUGAAUCCCUCCUUUUGAGAUUGUGUUGA